UGGAAGGAAGAGGGAAGGGAGAAGGGCUGAAAAAAAUAUAGCUUUCUGCUUUGCUCUGGGGUCCCCCGGCGCAUGCAAUCACAGCCCCCCUCAAGGGUGCUAUUUUGCAGGCACGGUCGCUUGCGAUUGGUCAAUGGCUGGUCAGAUGGUACGGUUUCCCUCUGUCCCGCACUGGCACAUAGCCACCCAGCACCCCCCCUCAACUAAAACCCAAUCUCCGAUAAACUACUAAUAGCUAAACCACUUGGACUAUAAAACACAACAAAUCAUAAACCAAGGAAAAGAGUCGUGCCCUCCCAAUGAGUUCCUAUUUUGUAAACUCAACUUUCCCUGUGACUCUGCCCGGAGGACAGGAGUCGUUCUUGGGACAGAUACCCUUAUACUCCUCCGGAUACACAGACCCUUUACGACACUAUCCCGGUGCUGGUUAUGGAGCUAGCAGUGUCCAGGAGAAGGCGUACCCCUCCUCCUUUUACCAGAACGGUGCGUACGGCAGGGCGAGCGCCGCCGGUGCCUGCGAUUACGCGACGGCGAGCUUCUACAGGGAAAAGGACCCUACUUGUGCCCUCUCCAGCAUAGAGGAACACUCCCUCGUCCUCAGUCAGGACCACCGUAAAACAGACUGCACAGGGCCGGCGGGGAAAAGCAUCUACACCGAGGGCGACGAACAGAAGCCGACGGCGCCGGUUUACCCGUGGAUGCAGCGAAUGAACUCGUGCAACGGGACCUUCGGUAACCCCGGCCGGAGGGGUCGACAGACGUACACCCGUUACCAGACGCUAGAGUUGGAGAAAGAGUUCCAUUUUAACAGGUAUCUGACCCGGAGGCGUCGUAUCGAGAUUGCGCAUGCACUAUGCCUGACGGAACGCCAGAUCAAGAUCUGGUUCCAAAACCGGCGCAUGAAGUGGAAAAAGGAAAACAAACUGAUCAACUCUUCACAAACCAGUGGCGAGGAGGAAGAAGAGAAGAGGACAGAAUGAAACUGUGCUAAAGAAUGAAAUGUAAGAAAUAUGAAAAUGGCUUAGAAGGCAUAAGACACCUCAACUUAUCAUCAGAAAGGAUGACUCUCCCCUGUGUACAUAAAUUCGCGCCGGUGAAAGUGUGUUGGUAAAUUCGCUGUAGCAUUCCACUUAUUGCCAUUUUGUUAUUAUAAUUAUUUUCUUUUUCUUUUUUCUUUCUUUUUUACAUGAUGUCGUAUUAAUGUGUUUUUGUGCGCGCAUAUCAUGACUUAGGAUUUGGUCUUAUACAUAAGACGACCAUGUUUAACGAAGCUAUUUGAAAUGUUACAUUCGUGUUCAUAUUUAAGCUAUGUGAAAAUAAAAUGAAAUUCUCAUUGUACGAAAUAACGUAUUUCUUUCCAAACCUAUUGUGAUUUAAACAUUGUUUAAGGUGCAUAAAGUGCAUAAAUGGUUUACGAAUAAUAAUACUGGAGCUAGUACAUACUUCAGGCUAGUCAGCUGAGAUGAAGGUUUAUAUGAAUUUUGUAUGUGUUUGUAAAUUAUGUUGUUAAUUUUAUCAGGAAAAAAUAAACUAACAAAAUUUUCCUCCUGCUA